AUGGGCAAAAAGUUGGAGCCUGAAACUGAAGAAGUUCAACAGAAGGCCAACAAGAAGCGAAAAAUAAAAGGUUUAUAGGUUUUCUAUGAAUUCACAGAAAUUUGAAUAUUUUUUCAGAAACAGAGGAACCCGUCGAGAGUCCCAAGAAGAGCAAGAAGAAUAAACGAAAAAAAUGGUCCGGGUUUAUUCGCUCGUUUUGAACUGAUACUAGAGUAUUUAUUUGGGCUAAAAAAAUUAAGAUGAAGUGAAAAUCGGGAGCUUCUAUCAGUUUUCUCGAUGAAUUUUUGAAGAUACUGGAAAUUUUGAAAUUAUUGAAAAAAACUGCGGUUAUCGAUUUUCAUAAAUCAAUGAAUAUAUUUUUGGGCCAAUGAAAAAAAUUGGUUUUGAAAAAAAUUUAGGCCAAAAAAAUUGAUUUAAUUUUCGAAAGAAGGUGGAAGAAAGAUAUUGUUCCAAGAUUUUAAUGGAAAUUUUUAAAAAGAUUUUGGAAAUAAAGGCAAAUUUUUUUAAAAACUUUGAAUUCCUGUAGAUCCGUUCAAGUGGUAAGUUUUUGAUAAAUUCCAGCUUUUUAGUUUUUAAUUUUCGGUUUUUUUACGUCAGAAGAUCAUCGGGGGUUUUUGAAAAAUUCUGAUUUUAGAAAAAUUUUUCAAGAUAAAAAGCCCUUUUCUUUGUUAUUUUGAGCUCAUGACAGAACGUUUUUUCUUUCAAAGAAACCCUAAAGAGAAAUUUUGAACAGGCUAAGUCAAAUUUUUUUAUGUUUUAUUUUGAAUUUUCAUUUAUUUUUCAAAUUGACAGAAAAUAGUCGAAUUAUUUUUCUAGAAUCGAUCGGUGACGACCAGGUACAGAAGGAGAACGUUGGAUCUGAACAGGUUAAAGAGAAGGGAAAUAAGAAGCGGAAAGUGAAAGGUCUCAAAUUUUUUCAAAAAUAAAAGAAAACGCAUUUUUGUUCAGAAGCUGAGCCGGAAAACGAAGAAUCCGUCGAGGCCAUCGCUCCUAAGAAAAUCAAGAAGAACAAGGAAAAAAGUAAGAGUUAGGGUCUAAUAUAAACUUUUUUUAAAUACGAUAAACGAUAAUAGGGAAAAAAAGUCGACCGGUAACUUUAUUUUUUUCAUGUAUGUUCGAAUUUGUGUACCUUUUUAGCGCCUAAAAAUUUCGCUAUUAGCUCAGUUGAUUAUUUCUAAGGCACCUCAAUUAAAGAAAAAAAGUGAAAAAAAUUUCAUUUUUAACUUUAAUUUCCGAUUUCAAGUGAUUCUCUGAAGGUCAAAUUUAUAGGUUAACUCGUCAGAUUUCGAGAUAAAAAAAUUGUUGACGAGAGAAUAAAAAAAUGAUUAUAAUAAUUUAUUUAAAAAAAUCUGAAUUUCUAGAACCCACUGACGAUAAUGACGAUAAGCAGAAAAAAGUUGAAAGUGGUGGGUUAAAAAAAUCUUUCAGCAAAGAUUUAUUUUUUUUAGUUCCUCAGAACAACUACCAGGCAGGAGGACUUUCGAGUUUGUUUGGUAAAUCUACGGAUGGAGGUACAUUUUUUCCAAAUUAAUUGAAUUUCAAAUCGUGAGCUUGUAAUUUGACUGUUUCUGCGAAGUCGGGAUCAAUUUUUAGAAAUUAUUUUCUCACACUAAAACUGAAAUUUCCCACUGAAGCUUGACCUAUUUGCGUUGAAGUUAAGGAAGUGUUCUCAAAUUGGAGUUUUUUUUUGUACUUUUGAUGUUUUUCCACAGAGUUCAUAAAUUUGUUUUCAGUUGUCUUGCAAGAAAAAGUGACUUCCGGCGAAACUGUCAUCAAGAAAACUGAUAAGAAGGCGAAUUCCGACGAAAAAGAUGGUGUGGAGGAUUCUGAGGAAUCUUCUAGUCAACAGGAGGCAAAGUCGCCGAAAGAAGGCGAUUUUGACAGGAAACAGCAGAGGUGAUUCAAUUAUUUCGCAUUUUUUCGAACAAAAAUGAACCUAGGGCAAUUUUUGUUGAUAACUGAGCAAAUACUAUUUUUUUUUUUUGAUGACUUAAAAUGCCUUGAAACUGCAUUGAAUGAAUGGGACUCUUGCUAAAACGCUGAAAAAUAGAAUGAGUGUGGAAUUUGGUACUUACUCUAGAACUGCGCCCGACUUUGAACGGCUCCUUCUCUUUGCUACGGGAUGCCACUCAACUAAAAUUCAAAUUUUUUCUGAAAGCCCACACAAAUUCAAUGUACCCGUUGUUUGCCUCCAUGUGACGUUUCAAAAUAUCGAAUAUAACUAGAGUAUAGGUUGCUCAUAUUUUGAAUCUCAAGUAAAAUGACGUCAUUCGAAAACGCUCUGUAGAUGGCGCGCUCUCUGAUUGGUUCAUUGCGUCAUUAGGGGCGGGGCUUGAGCGACAAACUUGACAUUCAAAGAUUGAACUGACUAUAUUUUUAGAAUUUUCUGAAUCUUCAGUAAAGUUUUCGAUUAAAACUAAUGAGCUUAAUCAAUCCAGAGAUAAGAAAAAGACGAUGAAGGUCUUGGCAAAAGUGAGAGAAGCAGACACGUUGAAGACGAUUUUCGUGGGAAACAUGCCUCUGACGAUGAACGAAAAGGCCGUUCGCCGGAUUUUCAGCGAAUACGGAAAGGUAUUCAGUUUUGUGACCUUUUUCUUUGCCUUAUAGGUGUUUUUCGACACGUUAUUGUAAUUUUUUGCUUUCCAUAUGGACCUUGGCCAUUUCUUGAAUUUUCAUUUUUCGUUACAGUUUUUUUUGAAUUUUCUGAAAAACCUGGCAGAGAGAGUGAAAAAAAAAAUGGAAUCAGUAUCCUGGCUUCAAACUCUCUACAAAAGAAACAGAAAUUUUGAGUUCGAAGUAAAAAAUCAGAUCAUGAGGCCCGGAAUAGGAGUCGAAAAUGAAAAGAAAAUUUUCAAAUUUUCUCAGUAGAGUUUUUUUAAAAAUUUUUGCGAAAAUGUUGGAAACUUCUGAAACGGCUUUCUACUGCUGGCUUCAAAAUUUACGCUUUUUCUAAGGAGAUUCUCAUUUGUUCAUCUUUUUUUUUCUGAAUCUCUCAAGAUUAGCCCAUAAAAAACUGGCUUCCCAAAGUCAAUUCAUCAGGUUGACUCGGUCCGAAUGCGCAGCUUGAUACCGUCGAAUGGGAAGCUGACGAAGCGCCUCGCCCACUUCACCGGUAAACUCAGUGAUAAACAGACUUCCCUCACUUUCUACGUCAAGUUCGACAACGAAGAGUCCGUCGUGAAAGCCCUGGCCUAGUGAGCCUCCGGAUUUUAUUUCAGAGUGAAAGUGAGAACUUUUCAGCAACGGUACCAAAAUUGAUACUCACACGAUUCGCGUCGACAGAUGUGGCGAGAAAAAGUCCUACGACAAAAAUACGGCCGUUUUCGUCGGUCAGUUUGGGAAAACGUUGUAGUGGUGCUGGAAUAUUUUUAGUGACCUUUCAGUGACCACUAUAGUCGUAAAAUUAGUGGCCUCUUAAGGUGCUAAAGUUAGUGGCCACUUUAGAAUCCUCUUCAGAAAUCCCUUGAGGAACCUGUGGUCACUAAAAAUUUCCUUAUAAGUUUUAGGGAUGGCUCUAGUGGUAAUGAAGAUUUUGACGUGGUCAUCAGAGAGUUUACUCUGAAUUUGAUGCAUUGAAGCAAUAUUUCUAUCAGCGUGGUUAUGAAAUUAUUUUUUUUCACUCUAACCGCAUCGAUAAAAAAAACCUAUAGUGCCAGUAUUGUUCGACACUUAAGUUGUCACUUCGGGUUUUUUUUUGAGUGAUAUCUAACUGAUUAUUUGUUAGACGAGUAAGCUCUCUGGAUCGAUCUUUCUAUAGUAGAAUCCGCCAGAAAUAACUAAAUAGUGCAGACCGCUUUAAUUAACACGUCAAAAGUGCCUACAGGGGCCAUUUUGAGCCAAAAACUUUGUUGUGGUCACUUUUUUCUCUACUUUCUCGGAAAAUUCAUAAAUUUCUCUAUUGGGAAUCUUGCCUCUGACGUCACUCAAAAAAAAAAUCUUCCCAUUUUUUCAAAACAAAUUUUUCAAGUGUGCACUAAUUCAUACCCUCCAUAAAGCUUUGAAGUUGAAUCUCUCUGUGACUGUAGAAGCCUCAAACGCAAAAUAAAUAAAAAAGCUCUAGACUUUUGAAAGAAAAUCGACAUUUUAUAGGAAACUUGCCGUUUGACAUCAGCGACGAUACUCUUUUUCAACUUUUCGAGAAAGAAAUCGGCCCAGUGGACUCGGUCCGUAUUGUCAGGGACGCUCAAACUGGCAACAGCAAAGGAUUUUCUUUCGUUAAUUUCAAGGUUUUCACCUCCAUUUUCAUUGAACCUCCGAGAAAAUUCGACUUUUUCUACAGUCGGAAGCCACCGUCUUACUCGCCUUGGGCAUGGAAACGAUCAAACUGGGAAAGCGAGAUCUGCGAAUCACGAAAUUGAUGAAGAAAAACCAGAUUUCUGUAGUCAAGAAGUAGAAGAAAAAGAUCAACUUCCGAUUUCCAGAAAGUGACCAACGCCAAGAAAUCGGCCGGCAAACAGAAAAAACCUGCGGCUGAAAAAGUCUCUGAGAAAGUCGCUCAACACAAAUUCUCGACCAGAGAAAGCAGGCCAAGGUUUAAAAAAAACAGUUUUAAAAGAAAAUACGGCUGCGCGCGAGUAGACUAGUCGCUCAUCUCAAAGGAGAAGAGGACCUAGAACCCUGGCGCAGUGGGGAACGCGUUUGUCUGCCGCCGCCAUGGUCGCGGGUUCGAUCCCUCGCUUGCACUCAGACACUCUUGUGCAGUGAUUUUCACUUGUACGAGCUUUCGGAAGUGCGAAAUGAAGUUCGUAUUCGUGCGGUGGCCUCCAUUAUUAGUCCUCAGCUCCGUGUACGAUGAACAAUUUUUGAAAAAUUUUAGAUACUUUUGUCUAAAUUGCUUGUUUCUUUAUGAAAAAUUUAUUUAUAAGUAAAAAAACUAGAUCGGUAAACAGAAAAACCAGUAUGAAAAUAUUCCCUAAAAGUUUCUUGUCUCAUUUUGAAAUACACAUCUCGUCGUUUUUUUCUUUUUCUGCUCAUUUUCUCUCUCUCUGGUUUACAAAAAAAUAGCAAAAAGAGGUGAAAAAGAGCCGUUUGAAAAAAAGCUUCAUUGGAAAAAAAUAUCUCUUAAAAAUCUCAAGUUUUUCGUCUUAAUUCGACAAAGGAAGCUCAGAAAUUUAGCUAGAGGUUGAAAUCAACUUCUAUAAACCUGUAAAAAACUUCUUACUUGUAAAAAAGUUUGCUUUCAACUAUUUUUUUAUUUUUGAAGUAAAAAAUAGUCCAUUUUCGACUCUUUGAGGAAAAAUUGACUUCAAAAACGAAAAAAAUUUCAAGGGAGGCAUUUUUCUGAUGAAUAUUGUUUUUCCAGGACCGACGAACAGAAAGAACGACGCCUUCUCAAAAAAUCCGCGAAAAAAGCGAUCAAAAAGAAAUUGGCCGCCAAAAAAGGAAGAAUCAUGAAAUAA